AAACACAAGAACACAACACACACAAGUCAGAAUCUGGUCAGAAUUGUCAGAAAAGAGAGAAGUUUUCCAACUGUGCAACUUUAGUGGAUUUGUACAGUUGCAGACAAGAGUUUUAUGUUUUAGGCCUUUAUAGAUUCGACUUUUUUGGUCUGAUCUUGGAUCAUCAGAGAAGGAACUGCAGGAGGAAAUGGCGGAGGAUAAUGCAGGAGCUGCCUUAAUUAACAGUGAAGAGUCGUCACAAGAUGCCGGGGAGAAAAAACCUAGUAAAAAUCAACCUACUCCUGGCAUUGAGCCAAAGGAAUGCGCCAAAAUCCCUUGGGCUGACUGCAUCAUGCAGCUGCUGGUCAACGAAGAAAUGUACGACUGCUCCUUUCUAGUUGGAGAUCCUAAAAAUGGCAAAACAAAGGUUUUUAAAUUGCAUCGAGUGAUUCUUGGAAUGUCAAGCCCUGCCUUCAAGUCGAUGCUAUUUGGAAAUUUUGCUGAAGCAAGCAAGAGCCGAGAUGAUCCUAUUGUAUUUGCUCACAUUGAACCUGAUGUCUUUGAUACUGCCAUGAGGUGCAUCUACAGCAAAGGCGAACUCGAUCUGAAGGAUGAUUUUAAGCUAGCAAUCAUCAUUUGCACUUUUGCCAACAAAUGGCAGUUUAAUUACUUGUACGAGACUGCAGCGUCUGCUUGCUUGAAGUUUAAGUUGAGUCCAGAAAUCGUUUGUGCUUUCUAUGAAAUGUUCAAACUCUUUGGCAACAAAGAAAGAUCUGAGCUCCUUUUUGUGGCAAUAAAAUACCAGCUCCAUGAGAUAAUGCACUCUGCAAGUUGGCUCUCUCUUUCCGAGGCUUCCAUAAAAGACAUCCUCCUUGCAGAUCGUCUCAAUAUCGUUGGCGAAUACAAGUUAUAUGAGGCACUUGUAAAAUGGGGAAUGCACCAAGCUAGAGACAAUUUUACAAAGGUUUCAUGUGCCAUGAUUAGGAGUAAAAUUAUGAGCCUUGUGCCCCUGAUAAGGUUUUGCAGCAUGAGUCCCAAAAUGUUUGUUGCGCAUUGCACUCGAACAGAUAUUCUCACCGAACAACAUCAACUCAAAAUCCUGAGGAGCUUGGUCUGUGGCAAAUCUUCGGUGAUGCCGAAAGGCUUUUGUAAAAAGAAAGACUCUAGAGAAGUCCCAGGUUUUCUCGAGGAUCAAGUUAACAUUUUCUUCUUUGAUGAAACGAAAAACUUGGAAAAUCUCGAAAGUCAAAAGGGAUUCACACUUAACGAAGACCAUUACUUGCUGGGUCUGGCUGUAUAUUCGGUGGAGUCUGGCAACAUCUCCACUGGAGUUGCCUUCACCGUCAAAUGUCGAGAGGAAAUUUUGAGUGUCAGCUACCUAACUACAAGUGUUACAGAUGAUAAGCAACGGAAGACACCUAUCAACUUUCCACAACCUAUUUUGUUGAAGGCUAACCAAGAAUAUGAUAUCUCUGCAAGGCUCCUGAAGAUGAAGAAAAUUGAGGAAGACCAUGUUUAUUGUAUUUGUACAGAGGAACACCAGAAAUGUGAAGAAAGAGUACUGAGCGAGGACGAGUCAAAGUCUGUGCUUGGCUACCAACUUAUUUUAGAGACUGUUGAAUAGGAGGAAAAAUAGUAUAAUCAGCACAGCUUUUUUUUAAAAGAAAAGGAACUAAUUAUUUAGCAUGGUUAGGAUGAAAAUAGUCUAACUAAGCGCUUGACAGAGUAGCAGUAUUAUUGUUCAAAAAAGAAAUUGCAGUCGAAAGUUAAAAUUGAGGGUCUAAUUAUUCUAAUUUCAUGAAAAUACAAUUAAUUUUUAGAAAAAUUGAAAGUGAAAUUACUUAAAAUAAAAUAAUAUUUAAUCAGUACCAGCGCUGGCAUACGGCAUCGGCAUACAUAUUAAAGAAAAUACGUUUGUAGAACCAUGCUAUGAAAGUUUGUGCCUCAAUUUCAUAUGCCAGUGCUGAGAAAAAAUUGAAAACAAAACAAAUGUUUUUGUCACUUAUUUGCACUAAUUUUGCGCUUUGACAAACAAAUUCUAAAAACAAACUGCAUUUAAAAAGAAAUUAAUAUUAUGAUGUGAUUCUUUUAUAUCUCUCAUAAAAUUAUGUAUCAACAUAACACAAUAUUGUUUUUAUU